AUGAUGAUGAAGUGUGACGAAAAAAAACGUGAAAUGUUCUCGCGACGCGCUUGCAGCGAAAGCGGACCGCAUCCUGGAAUACCGGGAUAUGGUAACGUGCCCGUCGGCGGUCAUCUUUGGGGAAAAAGAAAUCAGGGACGCACCUCAGCGCCGAUUGUCGGUCACGCGAGACCACCCGCUAUAAUUCUGAGAACGAGAAGGAGUUGGCCCGUCGCGCCCACACAUUGUCGAAGGGAUUCAGAUGCAGAGGAGAAGGGAACUGCGCGAUGCAUCGUACCGAAAUGCCGAUUUGCGAUCAAUAAAUUACUGCAGGAUCGUUUUCGAGCUUCCAAAGCCCUCUUCUUGUGUUCUAGUAUGCACUUAAAUGCAUCACAUUUGCUUUUAGCGAAGGUUCAGUUCGCACAAUGCGUUUUGGAUCAGAGAGGUGCCGAGGUGGGGGGCGCGUGGUCUUGCUGCCUGCCGUGCGCCGGCGGCGGCGGGGGUGGGGGUGGUGUUGAUGUCUCGGGGGCCACCCCUGAGACCAAGAAGGGUUCUUUGCUGAAGCAUCACUAUCAAGAGCCCCACCAGCAGCAAAGAAGCCAACAACACGAGCAUCAACAACAGCAGAAAGCUCUGCAACAGGAGAAACAAUAUCUUUAUCAACCACCGAAACGCAUUUGCGUGGCUCAAUUUAAAGAACGUGCGCCACUCGGUGAUCUCGAUGAAGACCUUGACGAUCUUGACGACGAAGAGAAGGAGUGUGAGCUAAGGAUAGGCGAAGAAGAAGAUUACGGUAGGGAGGGCAGUACUCAGCAUCGGCUUAGCCCGCGUCUACACGACAUCGAGGAGGAGGACGAUGAGGAGGGUCGUCACAUCCGAGAACGACCUUAUCAACCGAAAAAAUCGCCUACGCCGAGCGGCAGCAGAUCGGGUUGGCGUUCUCGUAGGAGCAUCACGACGGCGGGAGCCCCCGGAGGGCACCAACACCACGUGAUUGCUACUGCCGCCGCGACGGCUCAGGCUAGGAUGCAGGCCGAGCAGGGCAGCAUCGGCGAGCUACGUGGGUACCACAACCUGCGAUCCCGCAGGCACACCUUGGCCAACGUUCGGUGAGUCUCGAUUUUAACCAUUACACUGGGAUGAAAGGCGAACGGAGCGCCGAUCAAUACUUGCAGAUGGCAAGAAUAUUCAGAAAACAUCGCACGGAUGUCUAAAAAGUGUAAAUUUUUUAGAUAUUCUUUAAACAUUCGUUGUGCGGAUAGAUUCGUUCUGCGCUGUUUGAUUUCUAUUAUUUACGA